UCUCGUCGCUUGCAAGUACUGCAAAUUGGGCCCUAUUCCAUUAACGUAUGCGAAUAUUGUCGGUGAGAUGAGGAAAGGACUUAGCGGCUAUUUGUACGUGAAAUGUCAGAACGCAGAAUGUGGGCAAAUAAACAUGGUUCCAUACGAGAAGACGCACAGGGAGAAGAAGGGGAAGUCAGGGAUGCCAUGUUUUGUUAUCAACACAAAGCUUGGAACAGCUAUGAUCGAUAGCGUUGGGGGACCAGACAGGAUGAAUAAUCUCCUUUCAACAUUAAAUAUCAAACCCAUCAACCAGAGAAGUUUAAAGAGCAUGGAACGGAGGGCUUGAGGCUAUGUUGAAGCUGUUGCCAAAAAGUCGACUCAACAGGCUGCAAAUGAUUCAUUUAGAAUGGAGAUGGAAGACAUUGCAGAAGAGGAGAGUCGACAAGCUGCGAAGAUCAUGGGGGAGAUGAUAGAUGAUUUAGGAGUUUGUCCUCUACCAGACGCACCUCCUGAAAUUAGAUUAUUGAUGUCAUCCUAUUCCUCUACUGUACCAGUAGUUGAUGCUAGUUCUGAUGGUGAAAGUGGACAUUCUGACCAGACUCCUCAAGCAUCGAAUAUUGAAAGUCCACCAGUCUCAUCUUCAAACAGUGUAAACACUCCGUCAAAUCCAGCCAGCCUUGUUGCCAAAAUUAAACAAAUUCCUCAGGCCCCACACAAACAAUCCGGCAAGAAGAAGAUCUUAACAUCUAAGAAGCGUGUGAGACUUGCAUCAAGAUUUCCAUGCAGGACCAGAAGUGGAAUGUCUUGUGCAGUUAAUACAGCCUGGCAUAAAAGGGGAUUUGACAGUCUUACAUGAAAGUAUUGGGCAUACCACUAAUGUAGAUGUUGAGCAGUUACCUGAAGCAGUACCCCGUGGGAAAUUCGCGACUGUAUCAGCUGGCAAAGAAGCUACGGUUAUUACAUUUGACUUGGAGACAACAGACCUAA